UUUUUAUAUUUAUGGUAAUUUUAUUUUUAAAAAUUAUUUUUUUAUUAAAUUAUUAUUUUGGCGUGAUUGGCGUUAUUUUUUGUAUUGUUUGGUUAUUAAUUGUUAGAGAUUAUCCAAUAAAUAGUAAAAGAAUUAAACAUGCAGAACUUUGUUUAAUUCAAGAAAUUGAUGGAACUUUUAAUGAAUUAAAGGAACAAAAAUUGCAAAGAAAAGUUAAUCCAAAAGAGGUUCCUUGGAGAAAAAUUCUUUCUUCUUUAGUUGUUUGGUCAACUGGUAUGAGUUCUUUUAGUCAAAAUUUUAUGAAUGUUGGAAUUGUUGUUUAUUUACCUACUUAUUACCAAAAUGUUUUGGGAAUGGAUUUGACAGCGAAUGGUUUAAUGUCAGCAUUGCCUUUUGUCGUUCAACUUGUUACAAAAAUAUGGUUUGCUGCAGUGAGUGAUUGGAUAAAACGUAAAGAAUUAAUGACUUCUACUGCUGUUACAAAAUUAUUUAAUUUAAUUGGCAGUUUUGGUGCAGGUGCUUGCUUUGUACUUCUUUCAUUUUGUGAUUGUUCAACUCCUUAUUUAGCUAUUGGAUUGGCAAUUACUGCUGUUGGUCUUAGUUCAGGAUUUAUUCCUGGUUAUAAUACAAGUGUUGUUUGUAUAGCACCGAGAUAUACUUCUUCUAUAGCUUCAUUUAGUCGAUUACUUGGUCAAAUUGCAUCAGUUGCAUCGGGUACAAAACAAGAAUGGCAAUUUGCAUUUUGGGUAAUGGCUUUUAUUCUUAUAAGCACUGGUCUUUUAUUCCAAUUUUUUGGUUCAGCAAGUAUCCAAGAAUGGGCAACUCAUUAUCCUACUAUGACUAUCUCAAAGGAAAAUAAAGAUGAAGAGCCCCUCUGUGAAUGUGACCAGUCAUUAAUGGAGAAGACAGAAAAAUCAGAAAAUAAUGACAAUAACAAAAUUCUGGUAGAAAAAUUAAAUAGCAUGGGCAUUAGCUAG